AUGACUGAACCAACGAGUGCCGAUGGUGUGAAGGAGCUGCAUCGGGACCUUGCCCGCAAAUGGAGGACCCAUGGACCCCGACUCGAACAGAUCUGGCGGUCGUUGGGCCAGGGCCAAAGAGCGAAGGCGAUGAAGGCCGGCGCUAUGGACGGCGUUGUCCUGAAGCACUCCUUGGAUGCGUCGUUGGGUAAUGUCUGCAAGUUCAUGCCAGAAUGGAAUCUGCGCGACGUCACAGCACCGGGAUCCGACCAUCUGCUCGAGAUUCUCAAGCAUCGAGCGAUCACCACCCUCGAAGAGCAGUACCUCAGCGGUGCUAAUAGCCGCACGGGCGACCAUGAACUCAUCAUGAACAUGAUGCGUACCAGAAACCUGCAACAUGUCGAUUCCUUCCGCGACUGUUAUACCUUCUUCAUGGAGGGAGAACGAUACGGGCAGUCCUUCAAGCUCCUCAAAGAAAAGGAGCAAACAUUGGCGGCUUUCCAACCCUCUAUCGACGCCGGGCUUUGCAUUCCCCAAUCUGCUGGCGAAUUGAUCCUCACACGACAGAUUUACAUGCUGCAGUGUCUCAACAUCGUGGUGGAGGAUAUCCUGGAGGCCGGUUCUACCACCAGAAACCAAAAGCAGCCGCCCAAGAAGUCCACCGAUGCGGCAGCAGCCGCUCUUUCCAAACUCUCGAUUCAGCCCUCGCCGCCCAAGUUGGACCUCGCCGAUCUACACAACAGCGCGAAGGACCAGAAAGCAACCCUCGAAGACAACCUGAACUUGGUCUGCACAGAACCUGUGGUGCUGGCCCAUGCCGUCAAUAUCUGGUUCUUCAGUCGACCCGAGCUUGUGGCAGAUGAGAAAGGCCGCAUGCUCCCUGCGCACACCGACAAGUAUAUCAGUGCUGCAUUCUUUGAGGCCGUUCAUAGCGCAGUCAAGGGGCCUGCGAUAUGGGACUACAUGUGUCGGUUGCUGGAACUUCUCAAAAGCUCAACUGACAAGUCUCAUCGAGAGAUUAUCCUACAGGAAGUAUCCAACCUAUGUCAUCUGGAAUACAGUCGCGUACAAGCUCUGCUUAAGCGCCACGUCGCGUCGGGUACCGGAUUGAAGUGGUUCAAGCGGGUUUCUAACGUCUAUGACAAUGGCAAUGUGCGCGUCAGCAUGAAGGGCAAGCCAGAGUCUCUCAUUCGAGACAACCCACAGCUUCUUUACUUGCUACGUCUGUGUCAGCCUGAGACCAAUGCCUCAAAGGCUAUCGAUUGGAUCAAGAAGCUAGACGACCAUCAUACUGCGCACCCUAGCGACCGAGAGGACCUGCAAGAUCGAGAAGUCGAUGCUCUCUGCGACCUGGCAGUCAUUGUUGGAUUCAUACACUCCCUAUCGCCGGUCAUCUCCAUGCCCGCCUUCAAUCGCAAAAGAGGACAGUUGUUCGUCGCUAAAUCGGGAGAGCUCGAAGGCGAGCUGAAUCAGCUGAAGACCCAGGUUGACCUGGCCGAUUUCGCUGUUCCGAUUGACCACCUCCGUGAGCCGGGAAUGUCAGAGGGUGCGUUGGAGGCGAUCGACCAGUUCGUAGUCGAGAAGACCGGUACCAAGAUGGGAUUCCUUUACCAGGACCUGAUUGAGGAAUGUAUGUUGCAGCUACAGGACAGGCUGAAAGCCAAGACAGAGCAGCAAGACAAGGCAAAGGAGCAAGACAAGGCUACUGAGUUCGUACCGUUGCCAUCAGACGGCCCACAGAAACCGGAAGUACGAGUGCAGCAGAGAAGAGAGAAGGAAAAGACCCGACCCAAAUACUCGUCCGUUUACGAAAUCACCCCCUCCGCCCAGAAGUCUUCGGAGCUUGAGAGCCUCGAGACGACGCAGGCGCCACCAUCUCUCAAGGUGAAGCCGUCCACGGCAGAGGUAUUCUCCACGCUGUUCUCGAAGUCCGAGUCGCGAGGCUCUGUCAGUUGGAGCGGAUUUGUGGCCGCCAUGGCUGAUCUGGGAUUCUCGGUGCUGCCCAAGUUCGGUUCGGUCUACACCUUCUUUCCGCCUGAGGGCUCGGCCGUACAGAGACCGGUCACCUUGCACAGGCCGCACAAGUCGCGCAUUGAGGGCUACCUGCUGCUCAUCUUUGGGCGUCGUCUGCAACGGCUGUAUGGAUGGGCUAAAGAGUCGUUCCAGGCGGCCUGA